GAUACAAAGUACUUCCUUCACCAUGACAGUCAAAACUACCUCACCCGUCAUUGUCGUUGGGGCAGGGCCCGUAGGUCUGUUUGUCGCACUUCUCCUUGCACGAGCAGGCAUCAAGGUCACUGUUCUGGAGAAGUCAUCUCACUUCGACCAAUCUCCACGUGCAGUUGUUUACUUUCCGGCCGCAAUAGACGAGUUUGAGAAAGCAGGCAUUUUGCCGGAUCUGAUGGAGGCUGGGGACAAGAACCAAAGUGGAUGCGAUUGGAGGGACGCUUCGUCCAAGAUACUUGCCAGCGCUACCCCGCCACCCCACGAUCCCCAAUUCGGCCUUUUCUUAGGCCAACCCGAGUUUUGUGAGAUAGUUUACAAGAACCUACUUCAGACCGGAAAUGCUCAGGUUCUGAUGAACCAUGCCUACUUCCGACACGAACAACAAGUGGAUGGCUCAAUCCAUGUCUGGGUUGGUUCCACUUCUGCUGAAAGUGGCACAUUCUUGGGUGCAUGUCAAUAUCUCAUCGGUGCGGAUGGAGGACGUAGCGCGGUCCGGAAAGCGCUUGGUGUCAAGCUCGAAGGAUUCACGUGGGAAAACACGCAAAUGGUCGCUUGCAAUUUUUCCUAUCCUCUCGACCAUAUGGGCUGGAAAAAGGCCAAUUUUAUUAUUGAUCCAGAGAAAUGGGGUGUGGUUGUGAAAAGAGGAAAGGGAGACCUUUGGCGCUUAGCCGCAGGUGUCCGGUCAACAAACGACACUGCAAUCCUCACUGAUGACAUGGUUGAAGAAGUCAAGGAUCGACUAAGGUUGCUUCUACCCGGAGACACCUCCAAGAUCGAAUGGGAGUCCAUGGCGCCAUACAAGAUCCAUCAGCGCUGCGCGACUACUUUCAGGAAAGGCAAUGUGUUGCUGGCAGGCGAUGCUGCUCAUCUCAAUAAUCCUCUCGGCGGACUUGGUCUAAAUACUGGCUUACUCGACGCUGCCCAUUUGGGUGAAAACCUCAAAGAAAUCUUAUUGAGUGGAGCUAACCCAAACCUCUUGGAUCGAUACGCUGAGAUCAGGCGCGACAUAUGGCGGUACAGGACAGACCCUUUCACCACUGCGAAUAUGAUCAGAGCACGAUCGCAGAAACCAGAAGAUGUUGCCAAGAGGGAUCAGUUUUUCAAGGCAAUCAAUGAAGGAAAAGACCUGGCGACCAUAAUUUCAGUGGCAAAGGUGGACUACGCUCUGUCAAGCACCUCGAAAACCACUUUUCCAGCGUACGAAGAAAUUGAAUGGUUCAUCACUGUUACCAAGCGUGAUGACUGGCCCGAAGACAAGUUUACACACGAGUACAAAGUUGUUCAUGCUGGGAUGACUCGUGAAGGGAAGAAACAUGGUGCGCCCAUCCUGGGCUACACGCAGCAUCAGAAUUUGAAAGAGGACGCCGCCGUUGGGAAAAGCACCGAAUGGGACUACGUAACACGGCUUCGAUGGCCCUCUAUGUUUAUCUUGCAUGCUUCGAUGCAAGAUGCUGGAUACAAGGCGAACGCAGGGUCCCACAUAUUCUGCAGGCUUGACACCCAGCAAGGCACACUCACGAGGAGGAUUGCAACAUUCUCAAAGAACGCAAGCAAAACUGAAGAGGACUUGGUCAGAGUUCUUCUCUUCCAUCGAAGGAUUGGAGAAGAGGAUUUUGUUACCGCGGAUUGGACUGAGAAGCGAUCUGAUGACUUCAUCACGCACGUUAAGACUGACGACCUAGCUCAAGGAUAUACUCUUUGGCAGGAUAUUACCCCUCCUAAUACUAACACCCUGUUUAAAGGCAACCCACUCUUCGAACCCUCACAGUGGCAUAAUUUCAAAGCUGUUGAGUCAUUUGACUUCAACGAUGUAGCUUCUGCAAAAGCAUACUUGCAUCGUAACAGGGUUCGCAUUACAGAUGAUGGCGCUCUCUCUAUUCAAACUGUUUUCUCUAAGCCCGAUAUUAUUAUUUAA